GCAACAAAUAAACGUAUUACUUAUGCAACUUGUUAGUUUUUAAUUGUGACAUAAACAUAACUGCAAAGACCUAGGAACCAAACUGUGUAUCGCACUGGGUGAGAACUCAUAAACCACAGCAAAGUUUAUUCACACCGAUGUGGAACUGUUCAACUGAAUAACUCUCGUGUUGUUUUACAGUGUGUAACUUUUAUUCUUAACCUUAAAGAAGGCGUACUCAUUUUGUAUACAGUUUACUGACGUUAAACAGACACAUUACAUUUGUGUCAGUGGGGGUUUAUGUAAAAAUAGCGCAGUUCACAUAUUUUACCUAUAACAAUUUGUUGGUUUCUUAUAUCUUUUCUCUUAAUUAUGUAAGUGAAAGUAGUAAGUUUAUUUUGAAGGAGUUUUGAAUGAGCUAGUGUUAACAAGCGGAUGUCACAGCACGACGAAAUGGACAUAUCGGGAACAGUAACUUCACCGCCUCCUCUGGGUGUUGGAAUUGGUGGUCUCCGAUACCACGCGUGUGGAAAUAGUUCAGGGAACUUGAGUGACUUCGGCGCCUUCUGUUCCAACAUCACUGAAAGCGUGAACGGUUACGGUCUGCACCCUCUUCCAGAGCCGCAUUCUCUUCAGCUGAUCCAGAAAGUCGUCUCCAUUGUUGUUCCUAUUCUCUUCGGACUCAUCGUCCUCGUUGGACUCUUCGGCAAUGCUCUGGUGGUGCUGGUAGUCGCGGCGAACCAGCAGAUGCGGAGUACUACCAACCUACUUAUCAUCAACCUGGCCGUCGCUGACCUCCUGUUCAUCGUCUUCUGCGUCCCUUUCACCGCCACCGACUACAUGUUACCGUUCUGGCCGUUCGGAGAUAUAUGGUGCAAGAUUGUGCAAUAUCUCAUCGUAGUUACGGCAUACGCUAGUGUCUACACGCUCGUUCUUAUGUCACUUGAUCGAUUCUUGGCUGUAGUUCAUCCCAUCACUUCCAUGUCGAUACGCACAGAACGCAACGCCAUAACCGCCAUCGUAGUGACGUGGGUAGUGAUCCUACUUGCGUCUGUACCAGUGUACCUUAGUCACGGUGAAGUAACAUACACGUAUUCGUCCGCUGAGCACACCGCCUGUGUGUUCCUGGAGGCUGAUCCCAUCAACAGACCUGACGGAUACCACAAACUCUUAUUCCAGAGCAUCUUCUUCGCCACGUCGUACGCCACACCCCUGGCGCUCAUCUGUGGCUUGUACCUGUGGCUGCUAGUGCGACUGUGGCGCGGGGCGGCACCAGGGGGCCACGUGUCGGCAGAAAGUCGCAGGGGCAAGAGGAGAGUCACCCGCAUGGUCGUCGUCGUGGUCGCCAUUUUUGCCGUCUGCUGGUUCCCGAUACAGCUGAUCCUGGUACUGAAGAGUGCCGACAAGUACGAGAUCACCAACAUAAGUGUUAUGAUACAGAUCGUGAGUCACGUGUUGGCAUACAUGAAUUCCUGCGUUAAUCCAAUUCUGUACGCCUUUCUUUCGGAUCACUUCCGCAAAGCGUUCAGGAAAGUCAUCAACUGCGGAAGCGCGCCGAAUGCUCAGACCGGCCCCCGGUAUCACCGAACCUCCACCUUGCAGCAGGCCCAAGCGAACGGACGUGGACCCAACAACGAGUGUUGUGAAAAUGACAACAAGAGCGCGCUUCUGAACGCCAGCAAGACGACUCGCGUGAACGGGAGCAGCAACAGAGACAUCUUGUGAGACACAAGGGAAACCAACAUCGCUACCAUUUCGACGUCGGUGAUAUGAACGUACACUAGAAACUACGGUGUUCACAGAUAAUUUGUGAAACCAGCAGUGUAUAUGGAAACUAAUCAUCGGUGACGUACAGUUUCGUGUUGGUUUGUUGUUCGACCCAUAUUCCCCAACAGUGACUUGUGACCUCUGAUUUCAUUCUUACAAUUACCUGGUGCUCACGAUUGAACAAAUCAACUUUUUUAACAAAGGUCAAUGACGUCUACACUUUUCUUA